CCUGUUACUCAUCUCUCUGCCAAGUCACAAACACACACUCCACAACUCCAACUGCCAGCUCUCUCUCUCUCUCUCUCACAAAAAAAAAAAAAAAGUAAGACACCGAUACCAUCACCAUUGCCAAAGAAGAACCUUCUCCGGCUGUGCCAUUCGACAAAGCUUAACUCCAGCUGUGCCAUUCGACAAAGCAUAACCAUAACACUGCUGUCACAUUUCUGAAAUUCCUACUGUACAACUAAUUAUAUUUAAAGUGUAAAAGAAUGUUUCAGACAACCCUCUCCACUCUUUUGAGGAAACGUCGGCAACCUGAAUUGACCUGUGCUCAGCCUCAAAAGGAAAUGAAGUUUAGAGAGGUGACUGUGUACCUGGUGGAGAGAAGAAUGGGUAACAGCAGGAGAAACUUCCUGACAAGUUUGGCCAGGUCAAAGGGCUUCUGUGUGGACAACAUCUUAAGUAGUAAAGUGACUCAUAUUGUAGCAGAGGACAAUCCAGCACACGAGCUCUGGCCAUGGCUACAGGAACAGGACAUUACAGACCUGGGCAAAAUAAAUGUGGUGGACAUCGCCUGGUUUACACAGAGCAUGAGAGCUGGCAGGCCCAUUCCAGUGGAGGCACAACAUCGCAUACAAAAGCCAUCUGUGCAGCCGAAGCCAGAAGCGGGUCCACCAGACAGUCCUUGGCUUAAUGUCUCUCAGUACGCAUGCCAAAGACGGACCACACUGAACAAUCGUAACAAGAUCUUCACUGAUGCUCUGGACGUACUGGCAGAGAACUAUGAGUUCAUUGAGAGUAUAGGUCCGUGUCUGGGCUUCCGGAGAGCUGCGUCUGUGCUGAAGAGUCUUCCUGCUCCAGUACGCAGCAUCAAAGACAUUGAGGGACUUCCCUGCCUGGGACCGGACACCAUGGCUGUUAUACAGGAUAUCUUUGAAUGUGGAUCAUCUUCAAAAGUUGAAGAAAUAUUAACAGAUGAGAGAUAUCAAACUUUGAAGAUUUUCACCAGUGUGUUUGGAGUUGGACCCAAGACAGCAGAGAAGUGGUAUCGCAAAGGCCUGCGUAACCUGGAGCAGAUCGUCUCUGACUCCAGCAUCCACUUAAACAAGAUGCAAAUAGCAGGAUUCAAGUAUUAUGAAGACAUCUCAAAGCCAGUAAGCAAAGCUGAGGCUGAGGCUGUGCGUCAUAUUAUAGAGGAGAUCGCUGGCUGUUUCAGUCCGGAUGUCACUAUCACUCUGACUGGAGGCUUCCGCAGGGGAAAAGAAUUUGGGCAUGAUGUAGAUUUUCUCCUGACUGUACCUGGGCCUGGUAAAGAGGAUGGACUUCUACCUGCUGUGAUUGACCGACUCAGGAGUCAGGGAAUUCUCCUUUACUCAGACUUCCAGGAGUCAACCUUUGACCUUUCCAGCUUGCCAUGUCGUCGGUUCGAAACCAUGGACCAUUUCCAGAAGUGCUUCCUUAUCGUGAAGUUGAAGAAGGAGCAGGUGGCUGGUCAGCAGGCAGAGCAGAGAUGUGGGAGAGACUGGAAGGCAGUGCGGGUGGAUCUGGUGGCACCUCCGGCUGAGCGCUAUGCCUUUGCCCUGCUGGGCUGGAGUGGCUCCACGCUGUUUGAAAGGGACCUGAGGAGAUUUGCCCGGCUGGAGCGAAACAUGCUACUGGACAAUCAUGCCCUCUUUGACAAAACUACGAAUACCUUCCUGCAGGCUAAGACAGAAGAGGACAUCUUCAUCCAUUUGGGAUUGGACUAUAUUGAGCCUUGGCAGAGGAAUGCUUAGACCUCAUCCAAUUCAUCAACCGUGCGCACAUUCCUGCAGCUAAUCUCCCCUCAUAGCACACUGCUAGACUGCACAGAUUCAAUGCCAUCAAUGAAUUAUUUCACAUAAAAGCAAAAACUGUAAUACUUUGCUAUUAGGAAAGCUUUUUUUCCCUUUUUUUUCUACAUUUAAAUUAAAUAUAUUGCAGUAUGUUUCAUGUUGUGUUAUAAAUUACAUUAUAUUACAUUACAUUUUUAUGUAUGAGUGUGCUAGAAACGCUAAAAUGUGCAAAUAUAUGUGAUUCAUGUCUGUGCUAUACAGGACCGAGGAUAAAAGAGAGUAAAGGAAAAUGAAUUCCUGUAAUUACCAGUCUAUACAUCAAACCAGAUGAGACCAGACUGUCUAGGACCACAUGUGGUGAUAACAAGCACAGGUAGAGUUUAACAGCAGUAUAAGUGAUAUUGGAUUCCACCUUUAGUGAGCAUCAUUUACUGAAUUCUAGGUUCCUCAUUACUGUAGAAUAACACUUCUGGAGGAAUCCUACACUCUUUUUUUUUAAUAGAUCACAUACAUUUAUAAUGUUCUUUACAAGUAUGAAGAGAUUUAGUCAUGCAAUAUUACCAAUUUCCUUUUCUAUUUUGCAUUACUGAUAGGUACCUUCUGGUUUGUAAUAUAGUAAUAUGAUAAUAUUGACUGCAUCUCUGCUAUGCAUCUGAAUGGUUUAAAAUGUUGUUUUGUCCCUAGGAUAGCUUAAUUACUUGUGCUUAUUUCAGAGGAAGAGGCCACAUGCACUCACAUGGAGCUGUUAUUACACAAUAAAAUUGUUCUUUAGCAUGUAGCCAUUGAUGCAAUUUUGGUGUUAUUUUGCACAGUUUGUAUACAAGUUUAUUGCAUUCUGAAAAUUUGAAUAAAUAUGUGGAAAAUAUAUCACAAAACUGCAAUCAUAAACACAAUUCUGUUAGUAAUCUAGUUUUUACAUGGGUCUUUUGUCUUUGAAUGUUUGCAAUUGCAUAAUGUGUUUAUAUCUCUGCGAGUCAUAUGACUAUAUUAAACGUUUCUGACUGGAUAUCUUUACAACUGCAGCAUGACAGCUUACAGUAAAUUUCAGGGAUCAUAUCGAACAGAGUGGAACACAGUGCAGUGGCUUUUAGGCAUCCCAGAUUUGAUCACUUUUUUCUGUCUGCUAACAUUUGAUUAACUCCCAUAUAAUAAAAACAGACACACUGUAUCUUUAUAUGCUUGUAUUAAUAGACCCUGUGCAUUCCUCUUAGCACUCAAUGUCCCUCUUAAUUGUACCACACAGCGAGAGGCCACUGUGUUCCAUCCAAAAAGGUGCCCUCUUGAUACACACAAGGGCCCAUAUGUAUUUAUGACUAAGAACACAGAUGUUCCUAUUUAAAGAGUCUUAAAUAGAGCAGUCCAGGCAUUUCCAGGACUCGACCCCAGGGUCUUCCCACUUUGUCUGUCCAGAAAGGCCUCAGUGCAAAACAAAGCCAUACUCUAUUUGGUGUUGAAACUAGGUUAGCUACUGUUGCUUUACUUUUAAAUUCCUUUACAUCGAACUCCAAAGUCUCAUAUCAGAAUUCACUAUUUGUCCAAGAGUCAGUAGUGGAGCCAAAAAAAUGUGAACUGGAAAAGUAUUGGCAAAGCUAAGUGGCACGAGAGAAAAGUAAAACUCAGCUUUUCCAACAAUCUGUCCUCAGGAGAUAAGUUCAUGAGUUUGAAUCCCAACAAUGCCACAACCACCUGUGUCCGGGAGUCCAGGAGAGCGAAAUUGGCUGUGUUUUCUGGAUGGGAGGAAUGGCAUUACUCUUAUCCCUGUCAAUCAGAGUGACAUUAGCUAAGCAUUGGCAGCAGUGAGCUUACUGUAUGCAUGUGUAAGAGGACGUUAGCUUCCUCCGGCUUCCUCCAAGUGUCUUCAGCUGCCCUGUGAUGCUGCAGCACUUCAAAAAGAUGUGGUGGCUGGCUUCAUGUGUUUUGGAGGAAGCACAUGCUAGCAUUUAAUCUGCCCAGCUAAUAGCUGUUGUGUGUUUAGGAGAACUAUGUAACGGGUGGGAAUUGGCAGUGACUAACAUUGUUAACCUGUUAUAUUGUUGUUCUUUGUGGUUUUUGCCAUUCUUCUGAGAAAAGAAUAAUUAAAUAUGUUUAUAUUGAAAUAUUUGCGAUGUGUUUAGUGUUUCUGGUAGUAAUUUAUUGGUUGGUGCUUUACGUUCAUUAAUCCUGUGACAAGUUAG